AUGCCUGCCCCUCACAACUACACUUUUGCUAUGCAAAAAUACCUGCUUCUACAGGAGCAGCAUGCCGAGCUCAGCACCCACCUCGAGCAGAUCCGCCCUCGCCAGUCCUCUCUCUGCAGCGGUGCCUCUACCACCUCGUCGCCUGAAUCCUCACCCAACCGCGCCGAGCCGUCCCUCUCCUACCCUGUCACCCGAUAUUCUCCCCGAAAGAGGUCUCGGAGUGGUCAGUCUCGCUGUUCCGCCUGGGCCACCGACAGCCGACGCGGCUCCGCCGUCCUCGACACCAUCCCCGACGAGGAGACCCUGCAGGCCAUCUCCGCCGAGGAGCAGCGCCUUUUUGACGUCAACGAGAGCAUCAAACGCGCGCUCACCGAGAUGCUCAACUGCGACAUUGUCCGCGCCGACAGCUCCAUACGCAUGUGGACGCAAACCCGCCUCAUGGAGGCCGAGAAGGAGCUGCGCUCUGGUCGUCGCCGUCGCAGCUCACCCUGCCGCGAAUAG